CCGCCCCUGCGCCCAAGUCCCGCGGCGCGUCGGCGGAGCGCGGGCCGGAGUGCCGGCGGGAGCCCAGACCUGAGCGCCAUGCCCACCAACUUCACUGUGGUGCCGGUGGAGGCGAGGGCGGACGGCGGCCAGGACGAGGCGGCCGAGGCGGCCGAGGCGACCGAGGGGACCGAGGGGACCGAGGAGACCGAGGGGACCGAGGCGCCGGGCCCCCCCGAGGGCGAGCCCGACUGCCAGAGCCCGGGAGAUGGAAACCCGCGAGAAAACAGCCCGUUCAUCAACCACACGGAGGUGGAGCAGGAGAACUUCUUUGAAGGAAAGAACAUGGCGCUUUUUGAGGAGGAAAUGGACAGCAACCCCAUGGUGUCCUCACUGCUCAACAAGCUGGCCAACUACACCAACCUGAGCCAGGGCGUGGUGGAGCACGAGGAGCACGAGGAGGACAGCAAGAGGCGCGAGGUCAAGAGCCCGCGCAUGGGCACCUUCAUCGGCGUCUACCUGCCCUGCCUCCAGAACAUCCUGGGCGUGAUCCUCUUCCUGCGCCUGACGUGGAUCGUGGGCGCGGCCGGCGUGCUGGAGUCCUUCCUCAUCGUGUCCAUGUGCUGCACCUGUACGAUGCUGACCGCCAUCUCCAUGAGUGCCAUCGCCACCAACGGUGUGGUCCCAGCUGGCGGCUCGUACUACAUGAUAUCGCGCUCUCUGGGGCCUGAGUUCGGGGGUGCCGUUGGCCUCUGCUUCUACUUGGGCACGACCUUUGCCGGAGCCAUGUAUAUUUUGGGGACCAUUGAGAUUUUUUUGACCUACAUCUCCCCCAGCGCGGCCAUCAUCCAGGCAGAGACGGCGGAAGGCGAGGCCGCGGCCAUGCUGCACAACAUGCGUGUGUAUGGGACGUGCACGCUGGUGCUCAUGGCCAUGGUGGUCUUCGUGGGCGUCAAGUACGUCAACAAGCUGGCCCUGGUGUUCCUGGCCUGCGUGGUGCUGUCCAUCCUCGCCAUCUACGCCGGUGUCGUCAAGACUGCCUUCGACCCGCCAGACAUCCCGGUCUGUCUGCUGGGGAACCGUACCUUGUCGAGACGCGGCUUUGACGUCUGUGCCAAGUUCCACACCGCCAACAACAGCACGACGCCCACCGCGCUCUGGGGCCUUUUCUGCAACAGCUCCAUGCCCAGCGCCACCUGUGAUGAGUACUUUGCCCAGAACAACGUCACGGAGAUCCAGGGCAUCCCCGGCGUGGCCAGCGGCGUCCUCCUCGAUAACCUGUGGAGUGCAUACGCAGAUAAGGGGGCGUUCGUGGAGAGGAAGGGCACACCGUCAGUGCCCGUGCCAGAGGAGAGCAGGGCCGGCGGCCUGCCCUACGUCCUCACUGACAUCAUGACCUACUUCACCAUGCUGGUCGGGAUCUACUUCCCCUCCGUGACCGGUAUCAUGGCGGGCUCGAACCGGUCCGGGGACCUCAGGGACGCCCAGAAGUCAAUCCCCACAGGGACCAUUUUGGCCAUUGUGACGACCUCUUUUAUCUAUCUGUCCUGCAUCGUGCUUUUUGGGGCUUGCAUUGAAGGCGUGAUCUUACGAGAUAAGUUCGGGGAGGCCCUGCAGGGGAAGCUGGUCAUCGGCAUGCUGGCCUGGCCGUCCCCCUGGGUCAUCGUCAUCGGCUCCUUCUUCUCGACCUGCGGUGCGGGCCUGCAGAGCCUCACGGGGGCACCACGCCUGCUGCAGGCCAUCGCCCGAGACGGCAUCAUCCCCUUCCUGCAGGUGUUUGGCCACGGGAAGGCCAACGGGGAGCCCACGUGGGCCCUGCUGCUCACGGCCCUCAUCUGCGAAACCGGCAUUCUGAUCGCCUCCCUGGACAGCGUGGCCCCCAUCCUGUCCAUGUUUUUCCUCAUGUGCUACAUGUUCGUGAACCUGGCCUGUGCAGUGCAGACGCUUCUGCGCACGCCCAACUGGCGUCCGCGUUUCAGAUACUACCACUGGGCGCUGUCCUUCCUGGGCAUGAGCCUGUGCCUCGCGCUCAUGUUCGUCUGCUCCUGGUACUACGCCCUCGUCGCCAUGCUCAUCGCCGGCUGCAUCUACAAGUACAUCGAGUACCGCGGGGCCGAGAAGGAGUGGGGUGAUGGCAUCAGGGGGCUGUCGCUAAACGCAGCCCGCUAUGCCCUGCUGCGCGUGGAGCACGGACCCCCCCACACCAAGAACUGGAGGCCCCAGGUGCUGGUGAUGCUGAACCUGGACGAGGAGCAACGUGUGAAACACCCUCGCCUGCUGUCCCUCACCACCCAGCUCAAGGCUGGCAAGGGCCUGACCAUCGUGGGCGCCGUGCUGGAGGGCACCUACCUGGACAAGCACGUGGAGGCCCAGCGGGCGGAGGAGAACAUCCGGUCUCUGAUGGGCGUGGAGAAGACCAAGGGCUUCUGCCAGCUGGUGGUGUCCUCCAACCUGCGGGACGGCAUGUCACACUUGAUCCAGUCGGCCGGCCUGGGGGGCAUGAAGCACAACACGGUGCUCAUGGCCUGGCCCGAGUCCUGGAAGCAGGAGGACAACACUUUCUCCUGGAAGAACUUUGUCGAAACCGUCCGAGACACCACGGCAGCGCAGCAGGCCCUGCUGGUGGCCAAAAACGUGGACCUGUUUCCACAAAACCAGGAGCGUUUCGGCGACGGGGACAUUGAUGUGUGGUGGGUCGUGCACGACGGGGGCCUGCUCAUGCUGCUGCCCUUCCUGCUGCGGCAGCACAAGGUGUGGAGGAAGUGCCGGAUGCGCAUCUUCACGGUGGCCCAGGUGGACGACAACAGCAUCCAGAUGAAGAAGGACCUGCAGGUGUUCCUGUACCACCUGAGAAUCAGCGCCGAGGUGGAGGUGGUGGAGAUGGUUGAGAACGACAUCUCGGCGUUCACGUACGAGAAGACGUUGAUGAUGGAGCAGAGGUCCCAGAUGCUGAAGCAGAUGCAGCUGUCCAAGACGGAGCGGGAGAGAGAGGCUCAGCUAAUUCACGACAGGAACACUGCGUCCCAUUCUGUGGUGGCCACCAGAACCCAGGCCCCGUCCACCCCAGAUAAGGUGCAGAUGACCUGGACCAAGGAGAAGCUGAUCGCGGAGAAGUACAAGAACAAGGAACCGGGCGUGUCCGGGUUCAAGGACCUCUUCAGCCUGAAGCCAGAAUGGGGAAAUCUGUAAGUCCUCUCGCUUGUUCAGGACGCUUCUUAGACCUGUUGGCUCGCAUGCUUGUCCUUGUGAACCGUGUGCAUGUGUGCCCGCGUGCACAGCCCUGCGUGUGUGUGUGUGUGCACGCACGCGUGUCCGCAGUGGGUGGAGUUUGGCCGCAAAUGCCCCUCUGUCCAGAUGGCUCCAGGCACACAGCUGACAGCAUCCUCCGGGGAGCGGGGACUGCGCUGGGGAGGGUGGGUCUGGAGCCGGCCCUGGAACAGAGAGGAGCGGGCACUUUGGUAGCUCUUAGCUGAUCCAUCUGCACCCCUGGAGGCCGAGCUGUUGGUCGGUCUCUGCUCUGUGGGGACAGCCUCGUCCUGCUCCCUGGCCCUGGGUGCUCUUCCCCCCAGGAAGCUGCCGGCCUGGGCUGAAGAGGGGUGUGGACGGACCCUGUGCAUGCUCCAACGCGGGGGGGCAGCUGGACAGGCAGGGGGGGACCCGCCUGAGGUUGCUGUGCCCCCUGCCCGCCAGCACCUGCGGGCGUGUCCCCCACGGAGGGGUGGCCGGGCAGCGUUCCCAGCGGAGCUGAGCCGGGGGGCAGCCCUUCCUUCUGCAGCUCCGGGGCCCCUGUUGAGCACACACCACAGAAACAGGCGGACGCUGGGCGUGGAGGGCGUCGAGUGUGCAGACCUGACAGGAAUGGGGGGGGCAGAGGGCCUCCACCGUCUGCUCUAGUCUCCUGUAGACUCAGACGCGCUCCCCGCUAAAGUCUGAAUGAAAACAACAAAAGCAAGGAGACGCAGGAAUAGGGUUUCUCCCCUAAAACUCUGUGAGCCAUGGGCCUGCUGAUCCCGUCCCCGGGUGCACGGCGGGGGGGGCUCCUGGUUGAGGGUCAGGCUGGGAGGAGCUUCAGGAGAAGUGGAGGUCAGCCGGUCGGUGGUGCAGGACUGACGGCCUGGGGUGGUUGGCGGUUCUCUGGGCCUUGGUGCGCGUGCAGGCGCUCGUCUGCUUGUGGUUUGGUCCGUUGUCCUUGCCAUGUGGCCCCCAGGAGCCGAGGGACCGGAACCCCCGCUCUGCCCCCAGGCCGGCUGCGGGCACGUUGCUGCCUGCCCCUCCUCUGCCCCAGGCAGCCCCCCACCCCCAGACUCUGCUUCCCAGCUCAGCUGUUUCGAAAGCUGUUCCACUCCCAAGUCAGUCCGCGGAUGACCGGUUCCCUUACUUGGUGCAUUUACUGCCGCCGUUGGGAGCAGGUUUCUCUAGGCUUCCUGGAAACGCGAGGGCCACGCUGGCCGUCUCUGCGCCCCUGUGACCUCCACAGGGCACGUCACCCUGGAGCCAGGGGCCCUUCCAGCUGGAACCAAACCCCUGAUUUUAAGAUUAUAUGUGUUUUCAGCCUUUCGGCCUUAAGGAUCUUUCGAUAUCACACAGAGCUCAUUUCUGGAGUGGCUGUUGUCCCCAAACACUGGUAAUUGUGGUCUAUGCAGGCAGCUAACUCAUGGUUCUUGUGAUGGAAGACCCCUGAUUGUGCCGUGGACAGGUGCCCAGUCUGUAAUUUCAUCAGGCGAAACUGGACAGAAAGAGGGGCCUGGCUCCCUGUUUUCCUGCUGGGAAUUGGUGGUUGUGUUCGGACGAUUUUGGCUCGAGGGCUGAGCUGGUGACAGGGCAUGGCCUGGACGCAGCCUCUGCGGGCCUCCCCCCGACCCUGUGCGGUGGCCUGUCUGCCCGCCCCUCUGGAGUCUGGGGCACGAUGACCUGUCGCAGCAGGGCUGCAGCCGACACAGCGGGCUGCCUGCACGUCCCAUCGCUCAGGUCGCCCGAGAAUCGGCACAGUUGCCCAUUCAGUUGGUUUUCCAGCUCAGGGGGAGAUGGGCGUCUCGGGGCCAGUGUCUCCUGGGACACAGCUCAGUACCAUAGGGACCCGUGGCCGCCCGGCGCACGCGGGGUAGACGAGGAUGAGGCUCUGGGUGUCGGGCCGCAGGGGAGUGCAGUCAGGUGGGCGGGAGUCGGCCUGGGAUGCUUGGAGCCUGUCAGAGCGCAGCGGAUGCUCGGCCUGCUUGGAGUGUGCAGAGCCGGGUGGUUGGUGAGGACGAGGGCCAGGGCCCGGGUUGCUGAGCGUCGGAAGUGCUUGUCCAUCCGCCGUCAGCCAAGUGUCCAGGCGGCCAAGACCCGGGUGGACCCUUAUAGCCUCAUUCUUGACCAGAAUCUCCAGCCUGGGCCUCUCCCCUGCACAGCAUCAUGGGGUCUCCUGGGACCCCAGCCCGUGUCAGGACGAGAGAGGUGGCUUAGCUCAGGGCCGAGGACGAAGCAGGGCAGGGCCGUGUCACCGAGGCCUUCGGGUUGGGGUGGGGUCAGAGCCUGUGCAUGUGUGCCUCUCACGCCCAGCAGUGCCGUGUUUCCGGCAGGGACACCGCUGGUAGACACAGAAGCCUGGGGUUUUAGCGAUGCGCAGCCUAGAACGCUUAGACCGAAGCCUUCUCGUGGGCAGGUCAUGUCCUGGUGGUGGUCCCCAGCCUCACACGGAGUCUGCUGCCCAUGGGGUCUUUGGGGGAGGAGACGCCGUCAGCAUCCUGGUGUUUCUCCCAGGGAGAAACUGAGAUGGGCACACGGGGCUCGGGUGGCCUGGUGCCCGGAGCUGUGGGCCGGAGCGCCCAGCGGUCGUCUCCCCGCAGGAACCAGUCCAAUGUCAGGAGGAUGCACACCGCCGUGAAACUCAACGGCGUCGUCCUCAGCAGGUCGCGGGGCGCGCAGCUGGUCCUGCUGAACAUGCCGGGACCCCCCAGAAACCGGCAGGGGGAUGAGAA